AUGUCUGCCUCACUGUCGGAAGCACGUAUGAUGGGAGUAGUCAAGUAUACCUACGGAUCUCAAACCACCAGUUCGUGUUCCGGGACUACAUCCUUCGACCUUGGGGGCCCCCCCCCCAAUAAACGGGGGGGCACACCAAAAACAAUGGGGGGGGGGGGGGGGGGGGGGGGGGGGGGAAAAAAAGUUGUGGGGGGGAAAAAAUGGGGGGGGGGGGGAAAAAUUUUGGGGGGGGGGGGGGGGGAGGGUAAAAAAAAAAUAUAA